AUGACAGGUCAGGUCCUGGGGAAACCGAGCGGCGAGGCUCACAUGGAUAACAACGCCGCCAUCAGCAUCAACGUGGGCGGCUUUAAGAAGCGUCUCCAGUCCGACACUCUCUCCCGGUUCCCUGAGACCAGGCUUGCGCGCUUACUCCACUGUCAGUCCAAAGAGUCCAUACUGGAGCUGUGCGACGACUACGACGACACAGAGAAAGAGUUUUACUUCGACAGGAAUCCAGCACUCUUCCCCUACGUAUUGAAUUUUUAUAACACGGGCCGGCUGCACGUCAUGGCCGAGCUGUGCAUCUUCUCCUUCAGUCAGGAGAUUGAAUACUGGGGUAUCAACGAGUUCUUUAUUGACUCUUGCUGCAGCAACGCCUACCACUGUAGGAAAAUGGACCAGGACCGAGAGGACUGGGAUGACAGAAGCGAUGAAGGGAGCACCACUUCAUCUUUUGACGAGCUGCUGGAGUUUUACAGCGACGCCACCAAGUUUGACAAGCAGCUGCUCGGGAGCGCACGGAGGCGCGUCUGGUUAAUGCUGGAUAACCCCGGCUACUCAGUGGCCAGCCGCAUCAUCAGCAUCCUGUCUAUCCUGGUGGUGCUUGGCUCCAUCGCCACUAUGUGCAUGAACAGCAUGAGCGAGUUCAGCGUGUUGGACAGUGAAGGGCAACCCACAGAGGACCCCCGUUUCGAGACUGUGGAGCACUUUGGUAUUGGUUGGUUCACUCUGGAGCUGGUCGCCAGGUUCGCAGUGGCGCCAGAUCUUCUGCAUUUCUUCGAGCACCCGUUAAAUGUGAUAGACUUGGUGUCCAUACUUCCGUUUUACUUGACACUCCUUAUAAACCUGGUGGUGGAGAGCAGCCCGGCGCUGGCCAACCUGGGACGCGUAGCGCAAGUGCUGAGGCUGAUGAGGAUUUUCCGCAUUCUGAAGCUGGCCCGUCACUCCACGGGGCUGCGCUCCCUGGGGGCCACCCUCAGGAACAGCUACAAAGAAGUGGGCCUGCUGCUUCUCUACUUGGCCGUCGGGGUGUCGUUUUUCUCAGUCAUGGCCUACACGGUGGAGAAAGAGGACAGCGAGGAUCUCUCUACCAUCCCGGCGUGCUGGUGGUGGGCCACCGUAAGCAUGACCACCGUUGGGUACGGAGAUGUGGUGCCGGUGUCCAUAGCGGGCAAGCUGACCGCCUCGGCGUGCAUCCUGGCCGGGAUCUUAGUAGUUGUGCUUCCGAUUACGCUAAUUUUUAAUAAAUUCUCUCUCUUCUACAAGAGACAAAAACAACUGGAGGUCGCAAUGAGAAGCUGCGAUUUCGACGAAGGGAUAAAAGAGGUGCCCUCUGUCAACCUGAGGAACUAUUACGCACACAAAGUCAAAUCCCUCAUGGCGAGCUUGUCAAACAUGAGCCGGAGUUCACCCAGUGAACACAGUCUUAAUGAGUCAAUACACUGAACCAGUUUUAGCAGGACACCCGGCCAGUAUGGGUGACACUGUUCAUUCAAUGUGGCUGCACGAGGAGCUGUCCAAAGUGCUGAAACUCUAGGUCGAAAGCCCACUUCUUCCACUGAUGUCUGACCGUUUGCCUCUCUGUAGCUCAGUGCAAUAAUGUGUUAAUCUAUGUGUCAGUCUCAAUGAGAAAGUAAGCAAAUGUACAGGACAGCCUAAAUAUGAUAUUUCACUGUGCAUUAUAAUGGCCCUUCACCAAAUAGGCCAACAUUUGGCCACACAAAAUUAAAAAGACAAACAAUGCUGUAGUUGUUUACAU